UCUUCAUCUUCGGUCUUCUUCAAUUUUUGUUCCAUUUUUCUUUAAUUCUUCUUCGGUCUUGGUUUGAACUUUGAAGUUUGGUUCUUCAAUUCUUCUUCUUCGGUCUUCCAUCUUGGUUUCCAGUUUGGUAUUCCCUUGUAUUUGCUGGUGGUUAAUGGUGGAAAUUUUACAAAUUUGCAAAUUUGUAUGUAUGGUUCUGAUUGCUCUGUCUUGUAUUCACUAUACUCUGAUUGCUCUGUUAGUCAGUAAUACUUACUCUGUGACUCUGUUACUCUGUUUUAGUGUUUUAGUCAGUAAUACUUACUCUGAUGGCUCUGAGAGUGUUUUACUGGUUUACCAGUUGUUGAUGGCUCCUAAUUUGUUUGUUGCAAUAUUGUUGAAUGCUGUAGGCUGAUGGCCCUUAAUUUUUUUGUUCAAAUUUACCGAUGGCUUUGUUUGUAGUUGCUGGUUUUGCUGGGUGAAGGUUUUGUGUUUUGGAAUGUUUCAUAAUGUGCUAAUGUUUGUAAUUGCUGGGUGAAGGUUUAGUGUUUUGUGAUUAUUGGUUAAUGUUUUGGUUUAGUGUUCUCUCUUUUCCAGUUUUCCCUUUUCCCUGUAUUUCUGCAUGUUGCUGAAUUGGUAAUUAAUAAAUUUGCCUUUUUGCUGUAAAUCGGGACUUUACUAGGAUUUGUUAAAUUUGUUGCUGUAACUUGAAUUUGUUGCUUCCCAGUCACAGAAUCAGAACAGAAUGCUCAGUCAGUGCUUGAUUGAUUGGCUUUGCUCACUGAUUGUAUUUGAUGAUAAAUUUUAAAUUUUCACUGCCUAUGUUACUGAUUUACUGUUCUUUUAGUGCUUUUUGUUGUUGUUAAUCAUUGUGAUGAGCUUUGUUAAAAUUUGCACUGCCUAUGUUACUGAGUGUUCCUUCAGUGCUUUUUGUUGUUGUUAAUCAUUGUGAUGAACUUUGUUAAAAUUUGCCCUGCCUAUGUGACUGAUUCACGGAUUCAUCCCUCUCGUUGUUAUCAUUGGCAUGAACUCCGAACCAAAACCCCAACUCUCCGGAUAAAAUUGUAACGAAAGCUGAUUGGGACUUUUUCUUCUACUUAAGGCUAACGUUCCUUAGGGCAUGGAGGGGCAACACAACAAGAUGGUGAGAAUAUUUGUCGGUGGAUUGGGGGAAUCAGUAACUAAACAAGAUCUCCACAGUUUGUUCAGCACUUUCGGCAAUGUCGAAGCAGUUGAAACAAUCCGAACCAAAGGUCGCAGUUUCGCCUAUCUUGACUUCCUUCCUUCUCCCACUGAUGACAAAUCUCUUUCCAGGCUUUUUAGCAAGUAUAAUGGUUGUGUUUGGAAGGGUGGGAAGUUGAAGCUCGAGAAGGCUAAAGAACAUUAUCUAGUGCGGUUGAAACGAGAAUGGGAUGAAGAUGCUAUGUCUAAGAUUGAGCAUGUUAGUGACAAACCAGUCACUACUGAUAAGUUAGAGGAAAAGCCCACAAAAGAGAGUUUAAAGACAAAGCAGCUCCACAUUUACUUCCCGAGGUUAAGAAAGGUAAAAUCUAUACCAUUCACUGGAACUGGAAAGCACAAAUACAGUUUCCAGAAUAUUAAAGUUCCUCUUCUCCCUGUGCAUUUCUGUGAUUGCAAGGAACAUUGUAGUCCUUCUGGCACAGAAAAGGGAAAACUACAUAUUGAAAGGGAAACAGAAAUUGGAGGAAUGAAUGAUGAAGAAAUUAACAUAAUGAAUGUCGUGAUGAACAAACUAUUUGGAAAAGAAAAUGUUUCCGAAAAGAAGAAUCUUGAAACAGAGGAUUCCUUUGAAUCACCUGCACAUCCUGAUGACUCUGAAGUAGGUAGUUCAACAGAUGAAGAUGAUCUCAUUAUUAACGUGAACACAAAGAAAAAUAAAUCAUCCAUAAUAGGGAGUGAGGAACUUCAAAUGAUCUUGGAAAAUCAGGACUCAUGGUCCAAUAAAUCAAAAAUUGGUAAGGAAGAAAAUGACAAGAGCGAGUCUGAUGUGCAUAAAGGGCAUAAGAGCAAUCCCAACAAUAAGAGAAAAUCACUUCGCAAAUCGGAAAGGGAAAGCAUUGGACAUGUGUCUACUACUGCUAAAGGAAAGAAUAAUGUGCAGACCCUUCCAGAUGAGGUAGAAUCUGGAGUGCAACUUGUUGAGUCAGAAGAUGAUUUUGGCAAACCGUCUAAAGUUUUAUGGUCUCAGAAAUCUUCAUGGAAAGAACUACUUGGUAAUGGAGGUAAUACUGCUUUCAAUGCCACUCUCAUAUUUCCUACAGAACAAGAAAGACCUGAUAGUCCAUCCCAAUCCAUAUCUUUAAGCAACAAAACUGAAAACAUGGAAGGGCAUGAACACCUAGGGAGUGAACCCACCGAUACAGAAUCGACAAAGGAGCUCACUGAAGAUAAUCAUACCAACACAUCAGCAUUAAGAAAGCAUGCUGAAGCUCAGCCUGGUGACAACAAUGUGGAGUUGAAGAAGACCGGUCGAGGUGCAUCAUGGCGACGGAAGCAAUCAUGGACACAACUGGUUGCUGGAGACAACAGUUCAUUUAGCAUUUCACAGAUUUUGGCAGGCAUUACAUUCUCAGAGCCAAUGGCCAAGGGGUCUACCAUGGACCCUGCAAAUUCCAACAAUCCCAAGCAUAAUAAUGUAGGUAAGGAUGCCAUUAAUGAAGUUGUUACUAGUGAUGGGCGUAUACCAGAAAAGAGUCAACAUGAUGGUGGUGGUGCCAAUGAUACUGCAUAUGAGGAAAAGAGUGAGACAAGAGAAAAGGAAGGAUCGUCUGAAGAAACAGUACAAAAAGAGAGAUCCAUUGCGAGGGUUGAAGUAGGCGAAACUUGCACAUUCAUGAGAAGUUGUUCUUCUUUGAAAGAGUGGGCGAAGGCUAAGGCUGCUUUAAGUGGAUCACUCAAAAGGAAACGUCCCAACUCCUGAGAACCAAUAAAGAAGCAUGAAUAACACUGUCGUGUAUUUUUAAUUUGUUGUUUUUCUUGGCUUAUACAUAGCAAAAUGAGGGAAAUUAAUUUUCAGAUACUGGUGAUUGAUUUCUGUUUGAUUGGACAAUGCUGUAGGAACUGCAUAAUAAGGAUGUUCUAUUAUACUGUGGCUACCCAUUUCACUAUUUGGAAAUUGUAUUUUUAUUGAUUA